UUAUUAUUAUUAUUUUCUAAAAUAUCUUCUUCUUUUUUUUUUUCUUUUUUUUUUAUAGAUGCCAAAACCUUUAGAGGUCUGUUGAGAUAAGUGUUCAUGCUUAUUAUAUAAUUAUUAUGUGUGACCCAGCACAAUGAGGUGUAUGACUCCUAACACCCGUCAGGAAGAAACUCACUAUGUUACAUGUGUUUAUGUUGGUGUGUGUGUGUGUGUGUGUGUGUGCGUGUGUGUGUGUGUGACCAGAGAUGAUUAAUAUGGAAAUUAAGGAAGGACAGAAAUGAGUGUGAACAUCUCAGGAGCCUGGGAAGAGAGGAAGAGAGGGAGGAGCGAAAGGAAUGAGAGGAGGAGAGAAAGAGGGGGAUAGAUAGACUCUGCUUUGUCACUUGGAGUCUCAUUGCAGCAGUGAUUUUAUUCCAGCCUCAUGUUACAGCUCCGUAACAGCUGGAGCUUCCCACUCGUGCUGGUUUCCACACAUGGAUCAGCCAGUGUGAAGUAAGACACUGAGUUUGGAGACUAGAGUUUGAAGACUGAGGCACAGAUAGAGGAACAGAUCAGUUACUGACUGGAUGUUGUGGUUUUGCAGUCUGGACAUUCAUUACCUGUUUGGAUUCUACAGUUUGGACGUUGCAUUGUGGGUGAAAAAUCUGCUUGGAUAUUAAAUUUUGGUAAUAAUAUUGUGGAUUGGGGAAGCAAUAGUCAGUGGACUCUGGAGUUUGGACGUUGUGGCAUGGAUAGCCUUUUUUUGGACAAUAGAGUUUGGAUACUGAAGUAUGGAUAAGUCGAAUGGUACCAUGGAUGAUAUGUGAUCGAAGACACACAAGCCAAAUGUAUUCUAAAGCGGGCACAUUGAGGAGCUUUGGCGUGCUUUUGGAGAGGGUAUGCUGUAGCAUGCUCAAUGUGAUUUUGGAAGUAAUGCUGUAAACUGCAGUGCGGGUUAGCAAAAGUGUAUGCAGACCAUAUAGACGUGUCUAAUACUCCGGUGUGGAAUAGCAUGGAGACGUGACACCGCAGCCAUGCUGUGCGGUUUACGGAGAGAAGGCCGCAAUGAUGACGGCCCUUAUUCAAAAGGGAAUAAAGACUGCUCAGCCAACGACAACAGCGUGGUCUCAAAGAGGCGUAGCAUUCCAGAUGAGAUUCGAGGGCUAACCACCGUGGAGCUGAUAAAGAGAGAAGGAUCCAGUCUCGGCCUCACCAUCUCUGGAGGUUCGGACAAAGAUGGCAAGCCUCGAGUAUCAAACCUUAGGCCAGGAGGCCUGGCAGCCAGGAGUGACCAGCUGAACAUGGGCGACUACAUAAAGUCAGUGAACGGCAUCAACCUGUCCAAACUGCGGCACGACGAGAUCAUCAGCAUGCUGAAGAACAUCGGAGAGAGGGUGGUGCUGGAAGUCGAGUAUGAGCUGCCUCCUCUCGCUCCCAGCAGUCCGAGCAGCGUCAUCUCCAAAACCAUCGAGGUGUGCUUGGAAAAAGAAGGCAACAGUUUUGGCUUCGUUCUCCGAGGUGGGUUUCACGAGGACUGGCAUAAGGCUCGUCCUCUAGUUGUGACCUACGUCAGACCUGGGGGCCCUGCGGACAGGGAGGGGACUCUGCGUGUAGGGGAUCGGGUGUUGAGUGUAAACGGCGUGGCUCUAAACCGACGGAAACAUGCCGACUCUCUCACUCUGCUCAUGCAGAGCAGCCAGGAAGCCUAUUUCCUCAUCGAGUACGACAUCACGGUCAUGGAGUCAGUGCAACAGUCUUCAGGUCCUCUGCAGGUGGAGAUCAUGAAGAGCACCGGCUCUGUGCUUGGAUUGAGCCUCACCACUGCCAUCUACAGGAAUAAACAUGUCAUUACAAUCCAGAAAAUCAAACCUGCCAGCGUAGCCGAGAGGUGUGGUGCUCUACAUGUAGGUGAUAUUCUCUUGGCUAUAGAUGGCAUGAGCACUGAGCACUGUUCUUUAAUGGAAGCUCAGCAGCUGCUGGCCAACUCCUCAGAGGUCACCAAACUCGAGAUCCUGCCUUCUCCACACAGCCUACAUGACACGGUGCGUGUCCAGAGGAGCAGCCAGCGUCAGUUCGAGUCUGGUGUGAACUACCUCAAUGUCCCUGCACCCACCCACAGCAAAGCCCCAUCAACCUUGAGCAACACCACCCCUACACACUCCCACUGCACAUCUGUGGCAUCAGGCAGCUCGUCUCAGACCUCAGGCUUUCACAGCGCUAAGGGCGGUUCUGGGUAUCCAAGCCCAUACCCCUGCAGCACUCUGCCCUCGUACCCCUCGAGCCCACGCAGCACCACCUCCAGGAGGAAACCCAGGAGACCUGAGCACAAGAGCUCAUUGUCUCUCUCCAGCACGGUGGGUGUUGGUGGUCAGGUGGUGCACAUUGAGAAUAAUGAGGUGGUGCUGAGAGGAGACCCACUCACGGGCUUCGGCCUGCAGCUCCAGGGAGGAGUGUUUGCCACGGAGCCGCUGUCUGCACCUGCCUGCAUCCGAUUCAUAGAGCCCGACUCACCUGCUGAAAGGUGUGGAGUGCUGCAGGUUGGAGACAGAAUCCUCUCUAUAAAUGGAGUCCCUACUGAUGACGGAACGCUGGAGGAAGCCAAUCAGCUUCUUCGAGACGCAGCUCUGUCCAAUCAGGUCACGCUAGAAGUCGAGUUUGACGUUGCAGAAUCUGUAAUCCCGAGCAGUGGUACGUUUCACGUGAAGCUGCCAAAGAGGCGUGGGGUAGAGGUGGGCAUUACUAUCAGUGCCAGCAAGAAGCCAGGCCGGCCUCUGAUCAUCUCUGAGAUAAAGAGAGGAAGCAUCGCUCACAGAACAGGUACACUGGAGCCUGGUGAUCGUUUGCUUGGCAUAGACAACGUAAAACUCGAGCACUGCGGAAUUGACGAAGCGAUGGCGGUCCUCCAGCAGGCCGAAGACAUGGUCCGACUGCGCAUUCAGAAAGACGAGGACAACUUGGAUGAGCUGGAGUCGUCAGGCUCUGUGAUUUUCACUGUGGAGCUGAAGAGACACGGAGGUCCUCUGGGAAUCACCAUUUCUGGCACUGAGGAGCCCUUUAACCCGAUCCUCAUCUCCAGCCUGACCCGUAACGGUCUCGCACACAGGACUGGGGCGCUUCACGUUGGUGACCGUGUGUUGGCCAUUAAUCAUGUGAGUCUAAAGGGGAAGCCGCUGAGCGAAGCCAUCCAUCUGCUGCAGACUGCUGGAGACGCCGUGACACUCAAGAUUAAAAAACGAACUGAGCCUGUGUUUGGGUCAGACUCUGGAAGUCCUCUGAGGGCGGGAUCUUGUCUGAGUGACACUGAAGACGACCGCUCUGAUUCGCUCAGGCGCUGUAAACAUUCUGGUCUUCGUCAUCCAGCUACAACUCCCAGCCUGGACUCGGCUAUGGACUCGUGGGACGGCUCCGCCCUCGACGGUGGCUAUGGGAGUCAAGGGGCCUACAUCCAUCGGACAUCCGACCUGACCAUCCACCCUAAUGAGUGGAGGCGAACCAAUCAAAGGAGCCCACUGGCCUCCAGAAGACUCACCCACCGUGCUGCAGUGCAUGAUGGGAAAUCAGGAGAAGAAGACUGGAAAUACCACGGAUCCGUUAGCCCCGUGCGUUGCCGUGGCAACACCGACACUCAGGAGAGCUAUUGGUCGCAAGCCCUGCAGGACCUGGAGACGUGUGGCCAAUCGGAGAUUCUCAGAGAGCUGGAGGCCACCAUGAUGUCGGGCAGCACCCUGAGUUUGGGGGACGAAAGCGAGGUCUGUAACGACGGUGAAACCCCACUUCCAGCAGCGGCACUGAAGCAGUGCUGGGAUUGCAGCACAAAAGCAGAGCUAAAUGACUCGAACACCGCUGUGCCGCUAGAGCUGCACAAGAUCUGUGUGGUGAAGGAUGAAGACAGCAGGGAUUUUGGCUUCAGUGUUUCUGAUGGCUUGUUGGAGAAGGGUGUGUAUGUGAACAUGAUCCGUCCGGAUGGUCCUGCAGAUCAGGCAGGUUUACAGCCGUACGACCGCGUUCUUCAGGUGAAUCACGUGCGCACGCGGGACUUUGACUGCUGCUUAGCCGUGCCUCUGAUUGCCGAGGCGGGAGAUCAGCUCCAGCUUGUAAUCAGCAGGAACCCCCUCACACAGGCACCUCAGUGGUCGCUUGAAGACAGUCAGGAUGUCUCGGACACACUCCCUACCGUCCCUGUCCACGGCUCGAACAAGACAGAACUCGGCCCUGAGAUGGUUCCACUGAGCGGCGGUUUACUGUAGAAGAAAGGAGUCUAUUUCUGUCUCUCUCGCACACACACACACAGACACGCACACACCCCUUACACAAUUUAAACCACUUUCACACAUCGUUAACCAUUUUCACUAAGUGUAGGUUUUGACUGUUUAACUGCCACCACUUUAAAAAAAAAAAAAAAUUAAGUUAAUCACCAAAUUCACUCGUACACCAUGUCAUUUGUGUUACAACUCAACACUUUACGUGGUUUGGUCAUGGGUCCAUUUUAAUUUUAGAUUAUAUAUUCCGUUCCCUCACUGGUUUAGGUUCUCUCUCUCACACACACACACACACACACACACACACACACCUGCACACGUACACUCUCACAAACAUUAGUUUAUUGUGUCUUGGAGCAUUUUAUAUGGUUAUAAAGAAUAUAACGUACAAACAGAAAGAGAGAGAGAGAGGACACACUCGCCUUGAAAGUUUACGAAGACCAAUUCUUUAUUAGCGGAUCAUGUCUUUUUUUUAUUUAUUUUUUUAAAAAAAGACAGAUUUUCCUCUCUGAAUAAUUUUUUUUCAUGUGCAAAUGAUUUUAAGGUGCAGCUUUAAUGUGUGUGAAACAGGUUUCCGUAUGUAAACUUGGCUUGACCUAAGAUAAAACCAGAAACUAGACUGAGACUAAAAUUAUUUUAAAAUUAGCCGUAAUACGUAUAUGGAGAACUGUGUGUGUGUGUGUGUGUGUGUGUGUGUGUGUGUGUACUGUAAAGAACGCCGUCCAGAGUGACACGGCUGUGCGUUUUUCUCAUGAGAAACCAAGGCGUUAAUCACAUCCGAUCAUUUUUAUACCUGACUAACUUGUGUGAUAAGUCUGUUAACGUGUGAGAUUAGUUUUAACUUGUACCUCCUUUUAAAAGUUGGGACAAAUUUACCCCAAUCAGUGUUUUUACCCACAUUCCUUUUACAGUCCUGUACACCACAUCACAAGUGUCUGAGUAAAUGUAAAAUGAAUGUUUUUAUUAUUGGAUGCAAAAAGUUUCCCUUUUUUUUUUUUUUUAAACAAAAUAAAGAAAGAUAAGCCAGUGUGUUUCAUUGACGUUAGAUAUCGGUGAUGAGCUAAGACUGACGCGGGCGGUCAAGCUGCAAUCAGAACGUUAUUUUGGGCCGAAGCGUGUACGAACGCAAGACUUAUUUAUUAUUUAAAAAAAAAAAAAAAAGUUAACGUUAACAUUAACUUUCAUCAAAUGUUCGUGACGUCAGUUUAGAAAAGUUUAGAAGAGGUGAUCGAAAUGAUUUGCAUUAUAGACUGAUAACGAAUCAACUGUUAACUAGUUGAAGUAGAAUUUUAAAAAAUGAUAAUUAAUGUUGGCUGCAUAAAUAUUCACACCUUUGGGUCGCUAUUUGGUAAAACCACCCGGAAAAUUGCAAAUAUAACCGCAGCUCGUCUGCAAUACUUCGCGAUCGGCUUUGCACAUGUGGAUCCUGAUACUUUUGCCCGGUCGUCUUGGCAACAUUGCGCUCGCACUGUGAUAUUUGAUGAAGAUUGUUGGUCAACAAUUUAUCAAUCAAGUCUUGUCGCGCAUUCUCAAUCUGAUUGGACACAUUAAGGUACUAGAAAUAAAAUAAUAAUAAUAAUAAAUAAAAAAAAAAACAGACACUUGUUCCCAGAGGAAAAUUUAUUUUUUUAUUAUUAUUAUUUAGGAUCUAAAUGAUGCAAUAUGCAUCUUGAAACGAGUUCAUAACAAAGCUACUUUGGUUACACAAAAUGUUUUAUUGAACAUGUUUUAUUGAAUCAAAUCCAGUUACAAUAUACAGUAUCGUAUUGUUUGAAUGGAAUUUUUUAAACUUUUUUUUUUUUUUUAUGCUUGUUUAGAUUGUUCAUUUUAUUACAUGUUCAAGCUGAAAAUGAUGAUAAAAAAACAGACAAAACCACUUGUUUACAAAUAUUGCACACUGCAAGUUUAGGCUAACAUUUAAGAUAUAAAUUUCUGAAUACAUUCAGAAAAAUAUAGGCGAAUCACUGAUGCUUCACGUUGUGCACCGUUAUAAAAUGGCUGACUCAAAAGGCAAAUGUGAUCGGAGAGGAAAUACUAGUGAGCAGAUUCUGGUUUGGUCGUGGGUACGGUAAACUUGAAGAGCGAGGAGUGUGUGGUUUGGAGUGCACGUGAAGUGUGCGCUACGGUGUGUGUGGGUGUGUGUGUGUUCACUGCCAGUCAAAGAUUCCUGAACACCUGAUAUAAUAAUAUUAGAGAUGCUAUGCGUACAGUAGCGCUACGUUAUAAAUGAAUCUACUAAUGCAAAAACAACACUAAUGACAAUAUUUUCGAGGAAUUAUACGUUUACGACGGGUUGUAAAUGAUUAUCCGGGUCAUCUGUUUCAUCACCUGAGGUAAAAUUCACCACGGCGUUUAAACGCGAGUCUCAUCGUUGUGUCGCUACACUCGACUGAUCGUCAUCCAUCCAUCCAUCUUCUAUACCGCUUUAUCCUUUUCAGGGUCAUGGGGGAACCUGGAGUCUAUCCCAGGGAGCAUCGGGAGCAAGGCGGGGUACACCCUGGACAGGGUGCCAAUCCAUCACAGGGCACACUCACAUACACAUUCAUACACUACGGACACUUUGGACACGCCAAUCA